UAACCAUGGAGACGUACGCAGCGUUUAGCAAACUUUAUACCUGUUUGUUACGUUUUUACUCCCAGGUUAUUCUAAUGUGAAGAAUCACUUUAAAAUUCUGUUGCCGAGUACAAUUACUGACCAUCGUGGGGAAAUGUUUAAGCACAAUUAUCAGGGUGGAGCUGUGGUGGAGGUCUUCAGUGGGCAAGGCAAAGAUCCUGUGGCCAGGUGGAAACUUUUUGGGGGACAGUCGUCCAUACAGAAAGAAUAUGACAAAGAAGUUAAAGGAUUUGUUUACUGUCUGGAUGGGAGCUGCAAGUCAGUGAAGAUGCAAAUGCCAGGAAAUGGGAAAAUGACUCUUGGGCUUCUCCAGAGAUUCUUGGCCAUUCAAGUGAAAAUUCCUCCUGAAAAACAUUUUUCAAUGGAGCUUGUAGUAACUGAUGUCGGCCACCUGAAAAGACGCCUCUACUUAUCCACUGUGCAUAAAGACUUGUCUGCCACACUCUGGCAUGCAAAAAUACCUCUUUCAGGAGUGAAACGCAAUAUUUGGACUACUUUGUUUGUGGACCUCGGGUCAUUCACCCGAGAGUUGUUCAAGGCUGCAGAAUUUUUGAGCCUGGACGGCAUCACAUUGUUUGCCUCCUGUAGUGUGCGGAGAAUCUUCACUGUGAAAGCUGAGCCGAGUGGACUGUCAAGUGAAGAUAUGUUUCUCGGUGGAGCUGAAUAUUUCAUGGCUCAGAUACCUCGCAGCUGCCAGUUUCCACCAAACAUGCAGCACGAGUGUCAGGUUUUGAACAUGACAGUCUUGCAGAAGGCCCCUGUGAAGACAACACUCUCCGAUAGUGGACUUGACCAGCAGUCUGCUGCCAGAUCAGCCAGUUCUCAGAGAACCAAGCCCCAGGCGGCUUCACACGUUGCCCCAGGCUGCAGAGCCACAGCAGCAACAACACAUUCAGGAAGAAAAGGUGGCUCAGCUACAAAUGGGUUGGAAAAAGGAGAACCCUGUGGCAGAAAAACCGGUUUCAAUCUGAUGCACCAGCAAUCUACUACAGACGUUGGAGACAGCGACGGAACAUCUUCCAGCAUGCAGUCGCAUCCUUCGAGAAGCAAAGUGGGCAAGAAGCAAACACCAGAGAAGAGGAAGCUUCGAUUCCUCAGUGUUGGACCAGAGAGGCUAGAGACGCCAUUAGGUCCUGCUCAUGUUGACCCCAGCAGGAGAAAUGAGACCAGAGCGAAAUGCAGCCCUCCAUCAAGCAGGUUAGAGAGCAGCCACAAACCUUUGACACAAGAAGGAACGAGGGAGGUUGUCGAUGAAGACAUGCAUGGUCGGAAUUCACCAAAGAGCAGCACAAUAUCUCCUCCACCCACACCAGCACAGUCCCCUCUCAGCCCGACCCGGCUUGCUUCGUCCCCUGACCCACAGGUCCGGAGCUACUGGGAAAGUAAUGACGGAGAACCCGAGCUGCGGCUCGCUCUGCAGGAGGAAGUGUUCACUUUCUCAACCCCGCCUAUCUCGCCAAAACGAGGCCAAGGCCAGAGUGAGCAGGAGAUGGAGACGGGAGGCGAUGGGAUUCAGAGCCCAAGUGAAUGGCGCUGUGAGGCCCAACCCCAAGAUGAUUUCAUCGGCAGUGAUGAAGAGAAGAGCUCUAUUUCACUCUUUCAUCCAACAUCAAUGACAGGCUCUAUUCCAGACAUUUCAGAACCUCUUCCGUUUACAAAUUUGGACUCACAACCUGAGAGUCAAAACUCUGACCAAGCAUCAGCUGAAGAGCUUUGUUCAGCCGUCACUGAUAUGCACCUGGACUCUCGAGCCUGCGUGCCAGCUGAGGAUGAGUGGAACGAUCCCAAACAAUGUCACUCAUCCGGGGAAAUAAGACAGGACCAGAGGUGUGGGUCAGGUGGACCAAAAGGAAUAAACCAGGCUGUGGACAGGAACAACACCUUAUCACUGAGCUGUCUUCAAGAAGUCUCACUGGAGGACCCCUUCAAGGAAGAAGACAAGACCAUCCAGCCUGGUGAGUGUGGUGAUUGGCACUUAAAGCCAACCAGCAGGCUACAAUUGCACGAAGGGGAUGAUGACGAGCUCCAGAUGCUUGCAAGUCUAAAAAGGCAGCAGGAGGAAGAUGAAUCCAGAGCCUCGGGCCUCAGUGCUUCUCUGAUCCAGCAGUGUAACGUCAGCAUGAGCCUCAGCAGUGAGGACGACUCCACCUGGACGCACGUUACCUUGCCAACUAAUCAAGGACAUCACUACCAGAAGGAAAUGAACCCGGUGCAGUCCUCAAACCCUAGGGAGUGGAUGGAUGAGCUCAGCCCCCCCAUUAUGCCUCCUUGCCUGCAGAGAAGGUCAACUGAGGCAGGUAGGUGUCACCAGGAUCUAAUCAAAGGAAGAGAGGAGUUGGAGAAUGAGGAAGAGAUGGACGACGAGUAUUUAAAUCUGCUCUAUGACCCGUGUCUCAACUGCUAUUUUGAUCCAGAAACAGGGAAGUACUACGAACUAGCUUGACUCAAAAGCGUCUAAAUCCGUAAAUCAGACGACACUGACAGCUGACGUUUUGUUACUGAUCAGCAAUGAACAUCCUGCCGGCAAAAGAAGCUUUUCAUGUUGCCCCUUUUUGUUUUUUGUGCCACCAGCUAUCACGUCUCACCACUUGUCUUGUUAGCAUGUAAAGGAAAG